AUGCAAUCUACUUUUGAUGUUAAUGUCAAUUUUAUCAAUUAGUAUUUUUCCACGUAUUCAUUUCAUCUUACAAUGUACAUGCAAUUGAAUUAUAUGGGGUAACUUUCAAAUACAACUGUUCUUCCUUAAAUUAUUACACAACGUAAGAUUUUCAACAAUGUAAACAGAAGAUUUUUAUAGAUACAAAUGUAGAAAAUCUGCUUUCAAAUAGAUACCAAUAGAAUCAAGAUGAUGGUUAUGAUAAUAAUAUUACCCCUUGUCAUCUUUUGGAUAACAUAUCGAUGGUUCAAACAUAAGAGGACUAUCGCUAACUACAGUAGUCGAUAUGUGUUCGUAACAGGAUGCGACUCUGGAUUUGGAAACAUGCUGGCAAAAAAACUUGAUGGACUUGGAUUCAAUGUGUUUGCGGGUUGUUUAACACAGGAUGGUGAAGAAAAAUUAACGCGUGAAACUUCUGAAAAAGUCAGAACAAUUCGCAUUGAUGUUUCCCAAACUGAGAGUAUUGAAAAUGCAUUUACCACUGUUAAGUCAUCACUACCUUCAGAUACAGGUUUAUGGGGUGUUGUCAACAAUGCUGGAAUUGCAGGAAACCAAGGUCCAGUACAAUGGUUAACAAGGAAAGACUAUCAGGAAGCUUUUGGAAUCAAUACGUUAGGAAUGGUAGAAACUACAAGGAUAUUUCUGCCUCUAGUUAUACAAGAAAAAGGACGUAUAAUUAACAUUACUAGCACGAUGGGACGAAUUGCUGCUAUGCAUCCUACGUAUAUAGUGUCAAAGUUCGCAGCUGAGGGAUACUCAGAUGUUCUAAGACGUGAGCUAUACAAAAGAGGAGUAACAGUUCAUAUUUUAGAACCGGGAUUUUUCCGGACAGAUUUAAUUGAUGUAGAACGUCUUCAUACGGGUGCUGAUAGCUCCUUUAGGGGAAUUUCUUCAAAAUUGCAACAGUAUUACGGGCAAGUUUACCUGGAUGAUUGGAAAGAUAUCAUCAGAAAAAUAGUUACAAAUUUAGGAUCACCACAUAUACAUUUGGUUGUAGAUGCAUAUGUACACGCUUUAACGUCAAAAUACCCUAAGUACCGCUACUUGGUGGGUAAUGAUGCGAACUAUAUCUUCAGAAUUCUAUGGAAUUUACCAGAAUGGAUAUCUGACUAUUUACUUACAAGAACGGCAAUAUUACCUCAAGCAGAACGGAAUUCAUAAUCAGGAAAUGCUGAACUUUUGCUCUACAUCUUUUUAUCUAUUUCCAUCUAUAUGACUUGAAAGUAAUAAUAAAGCCGUUCGUUUCAUAAUCUUGUCACCAAGUUGUUAUACGUAUUUUUGUAAUUUUAAAAAUUUAUAAUAAUAAAAGUAGUAGUCUUAUACACGAGUAAUUAGGAGUAAUUAGGAGGAAACAGGAUGAGGUCAACCAAAGUUCAAAUAAGUGACAUUCCAACAAUUAUCAAAAUGAUGUCAUCAGGAAUGUUGUAACCUUGACCAUAGGAAUGUGUGGAAUGUUUGUAUUUUGAUUUUACAUAUAUACAGUAAACAUUGGUAUACCUUAUAUAGUAUUGAAACUAAUAUGUUGUUUCGAUAGCUUGUAAAUGGCUUGGAAAAAGAAAAGAUGAUUAAAACAGAUUAACAUUUAUUCGCAGCUAACAUAUGUGUUUCAAGUGUCUUAAUUAUUUUUUAAGUAAACAUCAUGUUCUCAAUAAACUAUAUAUAUAUA